AAUGCUCUGCUGCAGCCGCAGGAUCUCAGUCAGCUGGACAGCUUCCACACAGCGGCUCCACUCCGGCUUUGCGCUGCGGCUCGGAUCGGAUCGGAUCGGAUCGGGACAAGAAAACAAGUCACCAUCAACAUGGCUCAGGCGAAAAUACAAGCGAAAUUGAGCGACGCGGGAGGCAACAAGUUCACCAGGACGAUGUCCAUGGCAGACCGCUCGGGACAACUCCUGGAAAGUUUGGACCAGCUGGAAAUCAGGGUGGAGGCUUUACGAGAAACGGCGUCUGCCAUGGAGCAGGAAAGAGACGGCAUCCUGGAAAUGAUCCAGUCCAUACAGAACAGUCAAGAAAUGCGUAACAUCUGUGCGGGUGAGAGAGAGGAGCUGAGUUUAACCGCAAACCGUCUGAUGGGCCGGGCAAUCUCCGUGGAGAUCUCCGUCGGCACGAUCAGAAACCCCCAGCAGGAAGAGGCGCUUCGCAAGGCCACGUGCAUGAUAGAUGAAAUGGUGAAAAAGUUACUGGAUAACAUGGAGAGCGGCCGCAAGCAGCUGCUGGCCCUGCACGCCGCCUGCGUGAGCGAGGCGCCGCCCGUCCCCGUCGACCAGAAGUUUCAGGCCAUCGUGAUCGGCUGCGCUCUGGAGGACCAGAAGAAGAUCAAGAGGAGGCUGGACACUUUGCUGAGGAACGUGGAGAAUGCCGAAAAGAACAUCAAAAUUAUGGAUCAUCAAAAACUGGAUGACCCAAAAGCCAACGGAAGUCACUAAAAGCUGUCAUCACCAGAGCAUAGGGUGUGUGUUGAAUGCCACUAAACUCACAGAGAACUGUAGUACACGGUCAUUAACUCUCAGAAUGAUUCCACGUGUGAUGAAGUGAUGUUUACAAAGGUGCACAAUGCAGAGUCACUAGCACAGAAACAGAUGUGAUGCUCCACUGGAGGUUUAGUUGAGAGUCCAGUGCUGAAAAUAAGCUUAUAAUUCAGUGUAUUUAAUACCAAAGAUUUUAUGGUGCAACAGUUUAAAAAAAGCAGUCAAAAAAAUACUUAAAGGGAUUUGUGUAACAUCUGGAUUAAGUGAUAAGUGAUAAAACAUCAUUAAAUAAAACAAAGAUUAAAUGUGAUGAAUAAUAAGCUGUUACUUUGGACUGCACAAUGAAAGACGCCGGUUUUGAGAUGACAGACAAUAAACCCACCGAUGGAGCAUCUUUUUCUGUUUCUUCUACAGCAUCUGGGAGGAUUAUGGAGGUGCAUACACUACCUCUUUGUUUGAGAGCAACACAGGUCACGUGAUGCUGUGCAUUUUAUUUCACGUUUUCACAAAGCAAAAAGAAAGAAAUGCCAAUAAAACUUGUAUAAAAAGUA